AUGGAUCAGCUUAAGACCAAUAUCAAGGGUUUACGUCGAAAGAAUGCAUCGCAACGAUGGUACAUACCCGAAAGAUCCCUCUUGGCAGUCAUGACCGAGGACGCCAUCAACAAUACCUUGGAGAGAUCGACUAUACCCUCUCACCAGCACGCCGAGACUCUGCAAAGAGUAGUUGAAAGCGGCAGACGGAUUUACUCAAUUUUGGCACUGCUGGACUUCUAUCAGUAUCUGGCCAACUUCAUUGAAGGUGACCAACUCGACGACGCUAAGCUCCCUUUUAGAAUCGAUACACUCCAAACGCUUGAGAUCCCUGAAGAAGAUGCCAAAGACUUUGAGGACAAACAGUGGGAGCUUCUUGCGCCUGUAUUUCGUCGCGGUACUCUCAAUAGACGUCUUGAUGAGAGCCUCAUCCUCCCUUUCACCCAAGAGAAGAGAAUCGGUAAAGCUGAUGCUGCACCUAAGGUAGCUAGAAAGGAGUUCCACAUCAAGGGCCACCAUCACAAAGAGCUUGAGAACCUGUCAAUUCUCAACCAUCUCAAACAUGCCAACAUUGUUGAACUUUUGGGGUCCUUUACAAGCGGAGACUUACACAACCUGUUCUUUCCCUUAGCAAGCGAUGGUAAUCUCUAUGAUGUUUUGUCAUCAGAUCGCCAAGCAGAUUUAUUCGCCUCUUCUGAAACAAUGCUCGUUGAACUUGCUGCUUUAUCCUCUGCUAUCGAGCACGUUCAUGAUUUUUCCAAGGAAAACCUUGAUCUGGAGUUGAUUGGCUGUCACCAUGAUCUCCGUCCCCGCAACAUUCUCGUUUCAGGCAGCAAGCUAAUACUGGCUGACUUCGGCCUCUCAACGCUCAAGCCAUCUUCACAAAACUCAGAGACUCCGUUCAAGCACAAUGGUGACGAUUAUUUGGCUCCUGAGUGCGAAGACUGGGACAACAGCUUUGUCCCUGGUAAGGUUCAUCGAUCUGCUGAUAUAUGGUCUUUUGGGUGCAUUAUGGCCGAGAUUGUUACGUACCUUGUCUCAGGUCGUGAGGGAGUUGAAGAGUUUAGACAAAAGAGGAAACACAAAGUUCGAAACUGGACAUUCUAUCAAUUUCACCAAGGUUUUGAUCGACCAAGCGACGCAGUACAUCAAUGGCUAUCGGAUCUUGAGACUACAGGCCCUACAUGCACUGCGUUGCUUGUCAAGAGUAUACGCCAAACAAUAGCUAUCAACCAAGCCUUAAGACCUACAGCUAGUAGUGUCACCUACAAGCUUCGAUUCAUAGCUGUACACGAAAUAUCAGUAUCGAUCAACGAAUUAUUCAGGCAACUGAAACACGCAGCACCAUCUAUAGACAUGUCCCUCGAACGCGAAAGGUUUCGGGCUUGGCAACAUGCCAUUGGCCUGGAUGACCUGAAAGGGAAACUGUCUCAACCCAAAGGCAGCGGGUCAAGCGACGAGAGUACCAUGACACAGUAUAGUGGAAUAAUGGAAAGUUUGCGUCGCCUUAGAGAAGACCUGCAAGACAGACUUUCUAGAGGACUGGACUCACAGCGCUUGGACUUGUCACGCCUGGUGAGGCUACAGGAUGAGUUGCACUACUUCCUAGAUCAACAACAGAAGAAUGCAUCACAAGCGUACUUCCGUGUCUCUCUGCUGAGCGGCCAGGACGCAGCUCUAGGCACCCUCAACGAAGAUGGCGACCAGACCCUUGGCGCAAUCAGCCAUGACUUGCGUAUGCGAGCCUAUAUAAGAUACAUCAAUAGCCUGCUGGUUUCAGAGUCUGUUGGGGGUCAAGACCCCCCAAGAAGCGGAUUUGAACCUCUACUCUCAAACCAGACUAUUCUUAUCGAUCCUAGUAGAAUCCCGAAGUUGAAGCCAAUCGGUGACCAUCACUUUGGAUCCGGGCUUCUAGAGAAGAGUGACUCGGAUACUAUAGUGAGCCGCCCCAUAUGGGUUGAGUGGCGCAGAUACGAACAUCAUGGUGCUAGUGAAGAUACUAUGGCCAAGUUGUACGCUCGGGCUACUCAGACCGCCAAUCUGUUAUCCCAGAAAAAGCCCGAUUCAUUUCGAACGCUUGACUGCCUGGGACUCUUCCAUGAGCCAUCAAGAGGUGCCUUCGGCCUACUCUUUGAAUUCCCUCCUUAUUCCAGCAACCCCCCCAUUGCCCUGACUGGUACGCUAACCGGCCAUGGCAACGGUGCUCCUCUCGGAGGCACAGUCACGCUGGACAACAGGAAUAAGCCUGUUGUCAUGACUCUGCGCGAUCGGCUCCAAAAGGAUAAUCCCACUUCAACCCACUCACGUGCUGCGACUGCGGCGCCCGACCUUGAUGACAAGUUUAAACUAGCAGCAACACUGGCAACGUCAUUAUUUGAGUUGCACACUGUUGGAUGGUUGCAUAAGAGUUUGACGAGCUCCAACAUCGUAUUCUUCCCUUCAUUUACGUUGCUACCCGAUUCUUUCGGCAAAGACACCGAUGUUACAGAGCACGGCUGGGCUGCUAUCAGCCAAUCAAUACGAGAACCCUACCUUGUAGGCUUUAAUCACAGCAGACCAGAUGACCCUACGACAUUCACCUCUGGUCUCACAGAUUCAGAGUCAAGACACUACCAGCACCCAGCGUAUCUGAAAGCCGGUAUUGGCUACCGUUUGGAGUUUGACUAUUAUAGUCUGGGGAUUCUUCUCCUCGAGAUCGGCUUUUGGAAGCCCUUUAGCAAGAUCACCAAGGAUUGGAGCGGCUCAUUUGAAGAGCGCCGGCAGAGACUACUCACAAACCGUGUGCCGAAGCUCGCUCAGCAUAUGGGCCGUGAUUAUAGAUGGAACCUGAUUACAUUUCUUGCUGUCGUCCAAAAACUAGAGAUUAAAAUCUUGCCAGUCGCAUGGGAGCCUGGGAGGCAAUUAAUUGGGAGAGGUGGAACAAGCCAGAUCAACCAGUCUGUCGUAACCCUCCAGGCGAGCUUUGCCUUCAAGCGUGUUUCUGAGGAGGACCGGCUCAAUAAGACGGAGGAGGACAUAUACCGGUGUCUUAUCAAUGAAGUGUUGGUUCUUUGCCAUCCUCGCGUUCGCGGCCACAGCAAUAUCCUUGACCUGCAAGGUGUAUGCUGGGAUGUGUCGCCAGAGAACCAAGAUGCAGCCUCUCCAGACUUGGAAAAGCAAUAUAGAAUCUGGCCAGUCCUGGUAUUCGAGAAGUCACAGCUCGGAGACUUGUUCGACUUUGCAGGUCGACCCAAUACCCAAAAGCUCACAAUAAUGGAGCGAUGGAUGAUCUGCCUUGACAUCGGAAAGGCGAUAACACACAUGCAAUCCAGCAAUGUUAUCCAUGGAGAUAUAAAGCCGCAAAAUAUUCUCAUCUUCAAACGCGACGAGGGUUUCACUGCCAAGGUUGCCGACUUUGGCUACUCAGCUUGGUAUGCCUCAGAUGACAAGCACAUUGUGCUUCCUCGGUCUCCUCUAUGGCAUGCUCCGGAAAUCGAUGAGUACCCUGAAUUUAAUUUGAGAAUGGCACUCCAGACAGAUGUCUAUUCAUUUGGCCUAGUCUGUCUAUGGUUCAUGUUUUACAGCUACUUGUCGGGAAACACCCCACUUCCUGGCCUGGAUCUAUCUACUCCAUUGCUGCACUCCGACAACCCCAAGGAAAGGUCUCUUCAACUUCUAUCCCGUCUCAAGUCUUCGAAUAACAGUAACGUUUCUUUGAGCCAACUUGUAGAGCAUGUACUGUGCCAAGAAAGUGGACUGGAUCUUAUUUUCAAAGACAGUAUCUUAUGCUUUUUCCAAGGAUGUCUCGAUCCAGAUACGAAUGUGCGAAGCCCUGACGUACAGAGCUCACUACAAUGGGCCGUUAACUCAGAUACAGCUGACUUGCGAGUCACUUUGACUGAGAUGUAUUUCCCCACUGAGAACGAUUUCAAGGCAAGUCUGACUAUAAGAUCAAAGCCAGAGACGCGACUAUCACAACAGCUGAAGAUUUGUUACCAACUCGAAUUUGGACGUCCAGACUCAGCAACUAAGGUUAUGUCUCUGUAUGAUGGUAAACCCCAUGAGACGCGUCUGAACCCAGGCCUGGGAACCAGUGGUCCAGGCGUAUCAUUGUUCGAACAGCAGGUUGCUGAUGGCUACCUUUCCCCUGCACGUUCCCUCAUUCAGAAAUAUGUCAACGAUGGUGUUCUGGAUACAGCCCAACGCACGAUUGAAGCUGACAUCGAGAGUCUUAGAAAGAUACCAGAGACGCGAUUUCUUGUGGCUCUGCUGAAGUCAAAUCUUUCACUAGUCUUCUGUGCUCAGGGACAAUGGAAUAAAGCUGAAAACCUAGAGAUUGAGUUCCAGAAGGAACAGGCGAAUCUCUUGGGUAAUCGCAAUAGAGCAUGGCUGGGUAGAACGUUGAAUCUGGCGUACAUCUACAACCAUCAAGGUCUUUCAAAAAAGGCCGAGGAGCUUAGUUUACAAGCCCUUGAAACCUCAAAUGAGAUACUCACCAAGGAACAUCCUGACAUGCAGCUAGUAAUGCUCACCCUAGCAUCGACUUACUGGAGUCAGGACCGCUGGGAUGAAGCAUAUGAACUACAGCGAAGAGUCAUAGCAAUCAGAAAAAGGACCCUUGGUGAAGAUCAUCCCGAUACGUUGAGUAGCAUGGACGAACUUGCGACUACAUACUGGGCCCAAGGACACUGGAUCGAAGCUCAGAAAUAUGCAAGAGAAAUCGUCGAGAUCAGUAAGACCGUGCUAGGUCAAGAGGACCCCCAUUUCUUGGAUCUCUUAUCAAACCUGGCUUCGAUCUACAGGGAUAUCGGUUGGUGGGACAAAGCUGAAGAUCUCGAGUUCGGCAUUCUGGAAACCAGGCGGAAGGUCUCUGGCCCAGAACACCCACAUACGUUGGCAAGCAUGGUCAACUUGGCAUCCACGUAUGAGAAACGGGAUCGAUCGGAUGAAGCACUUAAUUUAGUAACGCACGCGUUGGAGAUAAGUGAGAGAACACGGGGUCCAGAGCACCCUCACACUCUUAGUACCGCCAUGGUGCUAGCUUCAUUCUUGCAAGGCCAAGAUGAGCUGGAGAAGGCAGAAAAGCUCAUGAUUACGACGAUGGAGACUUUGAAGAGGCUUCAAGGUCAACAUCAUUCAUUGACCUUGCUGGCGAUGGAGAGUUUAUGUUCACUCUACCUGGACCAAGCUCGGUGGGAAGAAGCUGAAACGCUGGGCCAAGAGGUCGUGGAUGCAAGUAAAGAACGACUCGGAGAGGAUCACCCUCGCACCUUGAUGACAAUUUCAACCUCAGCAAAGGUCUAUCGCGAUCAAGGCAAGUGGGAAAGCGCAGAGAAGAUAGACUCGGAAGUCUUGGACAAAGCUGUCAAAACGCUGGGCGAAGAACAUCCUGAGACUAUGACCAUUAUGGCAAACUUGGCUAUUUCUUACUGGGGUCUUGAGAAACUAGAUGAGGCAGAAGCAUUGGAGAUCAAAGUUCUCGAAAUGAGGAGGAGGAUCUUGGGAAAUGGCCAUCCGUCAACAUUGACCAGCAUCGACAACCUGGCAGCUACAUAUGUUGAUCAGGGCCGUUGGGCGGAGGCUGAAGAGCUAGAGUUGGAACUACUCACCACCAAAGCAAAAACACUGAACGAAGACUUUUCAGUUGCAAGAACAACUGCAGAGACUGAAGCGAUGCUGUUUUGGGAUUAUGGCGAUAUUGAAGAGUCAGAAAGGCUGUGGCAUAUAGCUAUAGAGACGAGAGGGAGAAUUCUGGGCAAAGACCACUACUUUGCA